AUGACUGUUAUUGACGCGAAUGAUGAGUCAAAUUUAAGUAAUCUAUUGGAAUGUUUACCAAUGACAACAGUUCGAUAUGCAUUUGCCUAUGGCUCAGGUGCAGUUGCUCAAAAAGAUUCUAAAACAGCUGAUAAAAUGGUUGAUUUCAUAAUUGUUUCGAGUAAUUCACUCGGAUUUCAUCAAGAAAACUUAUCAUUGAAUCCAUCACAUUAUUCAUUCGUACGACAUUUUGGAGCUCACUCGAUCAACAAUUUGCAACGUAAUUUUGCGGCACGUGUUUUUUACAAUACUCACAUACGCUAUAAGAAUCGCCUAAUGAAAUAUGGUGUUAUUGAAUGUGAUGACCUUCAACGUGAUCUGCUUGAUUGGCGAUGGCUUUAUGUAGCUGGUCGAUUGCACAAACCAGUAGUGCACAUCAUUAAGCCACCGCAGUCAAUUGCUUCGGCUAUCUAUGAAAAUCGUAUCAGCGCUGUUCAGGCUGCUCUUCUUCUUUUACCAGAUACUUUCAAUAUGGAUCAGUUCUUUUCACAAAUCGUUUCAUUCUCAUAUCGUGGUGAUUUUCGAAUGUUAUUUGGGGAGGAUAAAAACAAAAUAGAGAGAAUCGUCAAAGGAAGUAAUCGUCAAUUACAUGAUAUUUACAUCCCGAUUUUACAAGCAGAUAGUCGUACACUUGUGCGAGGUUUUCGAGUGGAACAAGAUCUUAGCACGGCAUCCAUUUAUCAUCGUAUGCAAUUGUUGCCUUGUACGGUCCUUGAAAGGCUUCAGCGAGUUGCCAAUCGACGAGAUGCAAAGCAACGCGAUAUUGAAGAAGUGACCUUCUCAUUAGCACAUCGUCUCGAUUCUUCACAACAACUAUCGGACGCAAUACAAUCUAUCGUUGCACCAUCGGCCCUUCGACAGACGGCUAAGAAUGCGAUUUCAGCUGGAUUCAUGCGGUCAAUUGUUUAUUCGUGUGAUAAAAUGAUGAAAAUGCUCAGAUCAUUACGUUGA